AUGCAGUUCAUGCUGUUGUUCAGCAGACAGGGGAAGCUCCGUCUGCAGAAAUGGUAUGUUCCUCUGUCCGAUAAGGAGAAGAAGAAGAUCACGCGGGAGCUGGUGCAGACCGUUCUGGCACGCAAACCCAAGAUGUGCAGCUUCCUGGAGUGGAGGGACCUGAAGAUCGUGUAUAAGAGAUACGCCAGUCUGUAUUUCUGCUGUGCCAUUGAGGACCAGGAUAAUGAACUGAUCACACUGGAGAUCAUCCACCGCUAUGUCGAGCUGCUCGACAAAUACUUCGGCAGUGUCUGCGAGCUCGAUAUCAUCUUUAACUUCGAGAAGGCGUAUUUCAUCCUGGACGAGUUCCUGCUGGGAGGCGAGGCUCAGGAGACGUCGAAGAAAAACGUCCUGAAAGCCAUCGAGCAGGCGGAUCUGCUGCAGGAGCCCCGACAUGAGUACUUUAACGUGCCCGUGUACUGAUUGGCUGCAUGCUGAGCCCCGCCCCCCUGCACGCCCGCUGGCCCCGCCUCUGCCUCCAGCACCGUCCAAACAGAGAGCUGCAUCUUGGACCCUGUUUCACCUGCACGCCGUCCAGCUGUGUGUGUGUGUGUGUGUGUGUGUGUGUGUGUGUGUGUUUAACUGUGCUGAAUCAAUGUUAUUCCUGUAUCGUUCAGGCGACUCUCAAUCACGUAGCUUGGGGAAAUCAGGGCUCACUUUGAAGACACUUUUACCAGAUAUUUCAGAUUCACUGAAGAAUUCGCUCAAACUCUAGAGAACCAGGUUAUGUAGAGAAAAGUAGACUUUCGGCCUUUAUUUCGUAGCUUCGAUUAGAAAAUUAGUUUCGCCACAAAAUCGGUUGAAAACGAGUGACUGAAAACAGUAAAGCCCGGCUCACGCUGUGUGCGAAUUUUAGCCAUUUUAAAAAUCCUAAAAGAUUCUUACAAUCCUAGACUAAUAUCCGUAGUCUUUGAUCGUUAGUUUGACACGUUCACCGACAGCUGAUUGAUGCACGUUGCGAUUAAAUUUUAUUCUGGCCGUGUCUGAAGGUUUUUCUCGUACGACGAACAGCAAACUUGAUCACAAUUGAUGCCAGAGAUAUAUUCUUACCAAAAAUAAUAUAAUUAGCAUAAUAAUAUUUGACCUAAUUAACCAAAAGAUAUAUUCUAUAUAGAAUUUUUUUUUUGCGCGCACGCAAAAAAGUUGACGAUAUUUAAUUCAUAGCGAUUAUCGACGAUUUGAUUACGCACACCGUCUCUGUAUUUAAUAAAAAUAGUUUAUUACCAUCACGCUAUUCUCCUAUUUGAUAUCGUUCGUACGCUUUGACGCGAUCUGUAGUGUUAAAAGAGCAAUAUAUAUAAGUGAUCGAUAAUAACUGCGCUCCCACGGUGUCACGUGAUCAUAAUAUUCGUAGAGUCUGACAAGUACAAUCUUUCUAAGAAAUCGCACGGUGUAAGCCCGGCUUCACUUAAUUGUGUGUAUUUUACGAUGUUUUAGGAAAAUAAUAGUGUUAUGAAUAGCAGCUGUGGUCCAAUCGAUGGUAAAUGUAGUCAUUUUAUAAAUGAUGAGUUUGUUCGUGCACGUCAUUGCAACGUUAGUUUUAGUUUCUUGAUUGUAGUAGAAAGUUAUAGCAACAGUUUUCUGUUGGCGCUCACACACACACGGAUCUACAGCGGCCUCAAAUCACUUCAAAUAUUAAAACGUCAUUUCUGUCGCGUGAAAUAAUCAACCUGAUCUUAAUAAGUACCUCUUUUUGCGCAGCUCGCUUUUUUAACGUAUCUUACAGUGCGUUUCGCCGCAGAAAAACGUCCACUAAAACACUGUUUCAAUACGUCAACCCUGGCACAUUUCGUUACGUUGACGCAAGUAUCGCUGCGUUUUAGUUACUUUAAAUAUCUGUGGGCUGUUGCUAAAAGUUAAUGCCGUGUCAUAAUGGGAAUAAGCCAGAUAAAACCCCAAAUGCACAAUUUCAUUUAAUUUGAAUCGUUUAGUUGAGUAGUCGUCGCACGGGAUCGAACCGGAGCUCGCCGUCUCUCAAGAACAUCUCCGUGAUCUACCGAACAAACCUACGGCUUAUAUAGAGAUAUGAAGGAUAUGUACGACGAUAACGUUCAAAAGCAGCACCUCCCAGCAUAUUAAUAUUACAUUGAAGGCAUAACAUUGUGUGAAAAUGACACUUUAUUAAUCGAAACUCUGUAAAUUAGCGCAAAGAGGAAUAAAAUGCAUUUCUUUUGGAAACCGAUACGUACUUGUCGGUACGUAUUUAAAAAAAAAAGUGCACCCAGGUACAUUUAUGCCAUGAGGCCAGUCAUAUUAAAUAGUUGUAUGUAUUUUUAGUCAUGCAUAUCUAAUAUUUAGUCACUUGAGAGUUAAGUGUAGGUACGUUCACCUACGUAUCUGGCUCAAGUCGUCUGAUACAGUGAGAAUACGAAGAAAGGCCCAAACCGAGCAGAAACAUGCAGUUUGGUGCGGAUGCUGAUUUUUAUACGAUGAAAUUCUGCUGCUUGUGACGCAAACCUUCCUACCAGAUUCUGACCUGAAAUGAUCUGAACAUCAGCGAUCGCUCCGUAUCUCUCAAACGAUCUCAGUAGGACGAGACUGAGAGGAUCAAACUUGAAGAAGCAAAGCAAAGCUCCUCAAAAGAUCCAGGAAGAGCUCACCUGGAGAUGAACAAUCAAGUAGAAGUUUAAAGAGCUUCUACUUGAUUGAAAACGACCCUCUAGUUGAUCAAUCAGAGCUCGGAAGAGCUGACUCCAUCCACGAAAACCAUGAAAACCACCAAAACAGCAGCUGAUUCAAACACCUUCGUCUGAGCCAAGUCCACAUUGUUUUAAUUUGAGCCGCUGUAUUUCUGCCGUCACUGUUUUACGUCCCUCACCCCUCGUGUUUUGUUCAGUAUUCGUAGAGAUGGGUUUGAGAGCGUAUUCGAGGUAUUAAACGAAGGCUUUGAGUUGAUCUGUGGCCCGAAUGAAUGUCAAAUCAUGUAUCGCUGUAGAAAUAAACCAAAUAUGUGCAAUUUA